AUGGCGCGGCGCAAAGACAGCUUUGGAAAACCAGUCUCAGUAGACACCAUACAAGACGAGGUCUCCGCUGCGACGAAGACAGAGAGUCUCUCUGUGAAAGGUGGGUGGCCGAGUACAGGUGAGCUGUAUGAUCGUCGGCUCGAGGAGGUUGUGGAUGACUAUGUUGAAUGGGAGGAGAAUGAACUUGGGUAUGAGAGUGGACUGGUUGGACUUGCGAAGAAUAUGGAUGAGCGGCGUGAUGUCCUGGAUUGGCUGCUUGCUUAUAUUACACGUUGCUUAGAAAUGGAAUACAUUCUGAGCAUCAACCUCCCUAGCUUUGAAGUGCCGCUCUCCGGAAUAACUAGUACCAGGUUAGUUGGAAAUAUGUUCUAG